GAAGCGUGCCACCCACAGUACAGGGAAGAGAAAAGGUAGUCAGAAGGACCUGAGACCUCCAGACCUGUGGAUACAUCAUGAGGAGAUGGAACUGAAGAACAUUGAGAAGCCUGCCAGCGCCGCCCCCUCCGGACGCGAUUCGCCCAUCCAGGGUUCUAUCCAGGAUAUCAGGUCUCAGUCUGUCAGUCACAGCCAAUCAGGGAGCCAGAUGGGCAGUAAGAGCAGCCACUCAGGCGGAGACAACGAUGAGGCUUCCAGCUGCAUCUCAACGUUAGAGCGCUCUCUAGCUGACAGGAGGGCGACGCGUACCAAGCUGUUGAUCCCCAUGGACUCUCAGCCUAGCAACACCACUGUUGUCAGUGCCAUCCCAGUGCCAACCCUGGAGGGUAACCAGUACACUGGCAUUCUGUCCUCGCCCACCUGCGGGUACAGCCAUGGUACUUUGACCACUCACCCCAAGUUCAACCUGAGACCGAUGCCCUUCCCCAGCCUCACCGUGGACCGCAGCUACACAGCAGGUGGAACGAUAUCGACAGAGGGCAGCACCACGCUGGGGGUACAGCAGACCUUGAUCAGCAGCAGUAUCAGUAAGCCAGGUGUAGGAGGUAAAGGGGACCUUUCUCUCCCUGGCACAGAGGAGGUCGGAGGUACCUCAACCCGUACCAUCCCCACCGCCUGCGUCCAGGCCCACACACCCCCUACGAAGCUUCGCCAAUCCUCCCUGCCUCCACCCAUGGGCACCAUCGACCCCAAGGUCUACACACCCAUGAUGCCACAUUCAA